AUGGCUGGCAGCGGUUUUUCUGGUCACCAGAAGAAGAGGCAUUCAUCCCCGGCAGCAGCAUCGUCAGGAGGAGCGAAAAGACUCCGAGGUGGUAUCCGGCAAAGACUACGAGCAGCUGGAGCUUAUGUGCCUGCUUCAUAUGAGGAGGGCAUCGCAACCACCACCGAUGAUGAUGAUGAUGAUUUUGUUCCUCGCGGUGGGGAGCUGCCGCCCUCGGAUGCAGAUACGAGGACCAAAGCUGUGAGCCCCAACUCUCGUUUGGGCCGGAAGCUUUUGGAGUUGUUCUGCUGGGGCGAUAUGAGCCCACAGCUUUUACAGAGCCUUGCUGAAGCCGCAAGGCAAGAUAUCCACUCAACUUUGCAGGAGCACGGUGAGGAGCCGACCUCAUCCACUUCCCAGUGCCUUCGAGAUAUUACACAACUGGCUAGCAUAGGCUCCUAUGGGAAGUUCAGCAACAAGUGCUACAGCGACCUUAUGAGGCGGGUGGAGCCGAAUAUUGCCGUCGCCGAAACAUACAAAACCAAGCUCCACUUUGCAAACCCCGCAGGUGAACAUACACAAGAGGUAUUGUUACCUCAUGAGCUGUUCGCUUCAAUGUUCGAGCAUGAGAAUGAGGCUUUCUUUCGCAAUGUAGCCAGCGACGAGGGUACACGUACAAAGUUCUGGGAUCGCAUGCGAUCUCACUCCCACCCGGCUUGGGAAAAUCACCCGCUGCUGCAUCGCAACAUCAAAAAGGCGAUUCCUAUUUCGGUUCACGGCGACGAGGUUCCCAUCGCUGGGAUUGGAAAGCAGUGGUCCAAGAAGCUCGUCAACGUGUCAUGGGCAAGCUUGCUGGGCAAGACUGAAACGAAGUCGACACAGUUCUGGUCGAUGGGACUGGUAGAGAAAACCGAUGUUAAGAAUGGCCCGUAUGCCACUAUGCGAAACCUCUGGAAGAUUUUGGCAUGGUCAUUUACUGCUCUCUGGUCUGGGCUAUGGCCGUUGACCGACCACGAGGGCAACAGGUUGGGGCUGCAUGGCGAGGAACGAUGUGGCGACCAGAUGCCUGGCAUGCUUGGGCUGGACGAAGUCAUGAAUGAAGGAAGUCCAGAAGACAACUUAGCAGCCUGUUGGCGAUUCAUUCGCGAGUAUUAUCGGAUGCAUCAAACAGCUGUGAGGUUCAGAUCGAUGAGCCGUUUAACCAUGUUCGUACGAAAAACCGGUGGGCCAAAGCUCCGAGGAAAAGCAGGCGAACUGCGAUAUUUUGGGGAGGUGCUGUUGGCACUAUGGACAACAUAUUGCAGUAAUGAGCUUGAGCUUCACAAGAAGAUCACACUUCUCUUGAAAAGUAACGUUUUCAUGGAAAGGAAGCUGACGGAGACGAAGGGCCAGACUUCGAUGGAGGACGAGGAUGCUGAUGAGCUUAAUCAAGCAUGCUCCGAUAUGCUGGUACUUCAGAGUGAUCUUGCGAGGCACUUUGCAGAGCACGGCAAACUGUACUUCACUCUAACUUCGAAAGCACACCAGCUACAGCAUGUAUGGGCAUUUGUCGGCGAGGACCUCCAACAGAAGGUGCAGCGACUCGCUUCCAUGUCCCUGAAGGGGAAUGUUGGGCCUUAUGCUGUCAACAAGAUGCUCAGACGUUACCGGUUGGCCCUGAGCAUGAUCUGGCGAGAUCAAAGGACGAAUGCCUAA